CAUCAUAUUCGCAGCGUUCGUCGAAAAAUGGCUGACAAGCAAAGCGACACGCUGUUAGCCGCCAAAGUUCCCAAACAUUACGGACGUGUUAUCAUUAAUUUAGAAAAUUGCCUCCUUCCCCCAGAAAGACUUGCAUGUACUGCUUCGAGUCUCGAUGGAUUGGACCCUGAAACUGAGAUGGAUCUCAGGAUCCUUGGCUGUGAGCUGAUCCAAACUGCCGGAAUUCUCUUGAGAUUACCACAGGUUGCAAUGGCUACAGGGCAAGUCCUGUUUCACAGAUUCUACCACAGCAAAUCGUUUGUUCGCCAACCGAUGGAAAUAACUGCUAUGGGCUGCCUCUGUUGUGCUUCUAAAGUUGAAGAGGCUCCUAGAAGGAUAAGAGAUGUGAUAUCUGUUUUUGAGCACAUCAAGCAAGUUCGUGGUGGAAAAACAAUUGAACCUGUAUUGCUAGACCAAGGUUAUAUUAAUUUAAAAAAUCAAGUUAUUAAAGCAGAAAGAAGAGUUCUCAAAGAACUAGGUUUCUGUGUUCAUGUGAAACAUCCACACAAGAUUGUUGUUAUGUACCUGCAAAUACUGGGAUUUGAGAAGAACAAGCGACUUGUCCAGCUUUCCUGGAAUUAUAUGAACGACUCACUGAGGACGGACGUCUUUGUUCGCUACAGUCCCGAAACCAUCGCUUGUGCCUGUAUCUACCUCAGUGCUCGGAAGCUGGGCAUUGUUCUUCCGAAAAAACCCGCUUGGUAUCUUCUAUUUGGUAGCGUCGAAACUGAUUUAAAGGACAUUUCCAUCCGCAUUCUCAAACUCUAUGCGCGCGCAAAGCCGGACGCUGACCAGCUGGACAAGAUAGUAUCGCAGCUGGAACAAGCGUAUCAGGAAAGCCGCCAACGAUUGAAACAAGCAGUUCAAGAAGGCGGUGCUUCAGGAGUUGCCUCGGGAGGAACAGCCACGCCUAUAAAAAAUGAGAAUCAUUCGACUUUCAGUCCGGGUGUGGCUGUCGCUACUGUAACACAACAACCAGAAAUAAACAAAGGCAUCUCGGCCGAUUCUGUUGGAAGCACGCCAUCCAGUUCCAAAGGUGAAGAAAAGAACCAUGUGACGUCGGCAGCAACGAAAAAGAGUUCCAAAUUGGUGGAAAGUCCUCCCCGGUCUCCGUCCAUGAGCCCUUCUGAUAAGCAGGGCAAGGACAGGCGACGCAAGUCGCGUCACCACAGUCACCACCACCACCACCGGAAGAAGCGCUCACGUUCCCGCAGCCGAACUCGUUCCCGGUCGCGUUCCAGAGAUGACAAGCGACGAGAGCAGCGGGAACGCGGUGACAGGACAGGCAACGAUAAAGAUAACAAAAGAAAAGAGAGGGAUUCUACUCAGAAAAGCACAACAGCGACAAGUGAUAGGUACGGAGGAGGAGAAGGUCGUGAUCGAGAACGGGAUCGUGAAAAAGAACGCGAUUAUAAAUAUCGUAGUAAAGAUAGCCACAGCCUAAGAGAAGAGAAAAGAGAUUCAAAGAAGGAGAGGUCGAGACAUCGGGAUCGAUCCCUGUCUCGGGACAGACGACGUUGAUGUGCAUUCUUUGAAAAGUUUGAAACAAAAACACAAAACCUCAACCAACGAUGAUAAUGUCUUGUCAUCCAUACAUCCUCCUUAAAAAACAAAAUUCAUCAUUUUUUUUUUUUGUUUUUUUUGUCUCUUUUUCUUUCUCUAUUUGUGUCUGCCUUUCGUUUGUGUCUGUCUUUUCCAACACACCUUUUUGGCUGACGGCAGCUCACAUGGUUCCAUACGAAUGUAUUUUCUUUCUACUCUUCUCCGUCUGGCCUGUUUUAGAUUCAAUUGAACAUCCCCCGCCAACCGCCCUGAUUCCGACGUCUCUUUUGGUUUGUCCCUCCCUUUUUCGUUUACGCGAAAAGGAAGUGUUUCCAUUUUUAUGAAAUAAAAAAGAGAAGAAAAAUACAAAAUGGUGCAUUCAUGCGAA